CUUUUCUAGUUUUUCUCUGUAUUUUAUACUUCUCAAGACUUGUGCUUUUCAUCUUAUCUUUUCUGGGUUGUCGUGCCAAGUUUUCAGGCGCUAGUCCCGUUGCACAACCUUAUAACUUCUUAGAUUUAACUCUUGCAUAGAUGUGAUGAACUUGGAAGCAACCCCCUUGUUUGUAAUCUUAUAUGUAUCAAUGGAUUUAUGAUGCACAAGUUAUGGAGUGCCUUUCAACUCCCAAAUCGAUCGUGCAGAGUUAUCAUGGAACCACCCUCCCGAUGGCUUUACAUCAUUGGCGAAAGAUCGUUACUUUUUGGUCUUGUUUUCCUUCAUUCAGUUUUCCAUGUGAGAUGGGUGACAAGGCCAAUGGAAGUGAAGUUGAAGAAGUUCAGCGACCAGCUCCUCGCCUCAAUGAAAGAAUCCUUUCAUCUUUGUCUAGGAGAUCUGUUGCUGCACAUCCUUGGCAUGACCUUGAAAUUGGACCUGGCGCUCCACAGAUCUUCAAUGUUGUAGUUGAGAUAACAAAGGGAAGUAAGGUUAAAUAUGAACUUGACAAGAAAACAGGACUUAUCAAGGUUGAUCGAGUUUUAUACUCUUCGGUGGUUUAUCCUCACAACUAUGGUUUCAUCCCACGCACACUGUGUGAAGAUAAUGAUCCCUUGGAUGUUUUAGUUAUCAUGCAGGAGCCAGUUCUUCCUGGAUGUUUUCUGCGAGCCAGGGCCAUUGGACUGAUGCCCAUGAUUGAUCAGGGAGAGAAAGAUGACAAGAUCAUUGCCGUUUGUGCUGAUGAUCCGGAGUACAAGCACUAUACUGACAUCAAAGAUCUACCCCCGCAUCGUCUUUCUGAGAUCCGUCGAUUCUUUGAAGACUAUAAGAAAAAUGAGAACAAGGAGGUGGCUGUUAAUGACUUUUUACCUUCAAUGACUGCAGUUGAAGCCAUUCAAUACUCGAUGGACCUUUAUGCAGAAUACAUUCUACACACCCUGCGGCGAUAGACACACCGGUGAUGGUCCAAUGAUAUUUUAACCUCAAGCAAAAGGAUUUGGAAUAAGUUGUCUUUGAUGUGAAAAUUUACUUUUGUUAAUUUAUGAAACCUUGAUGAUCAUUAACGCACUUGGUAUUCUCAACAAACUUUUUGGAUUGAUGCCUGUUGAUGAUCAUUAGCACUUGAUCAUUAGCACUUGGUAUUAUUCUCAACAAACUUUUUGGAUUGAUGCCUGUUGAUGUUUAAGAAAAACUCUAAGCUGAGAUAUAAUGAAUAUUCUUUCACCAGAUAAUCAA